AUAUAGAGCCUUUCUCGAAGCGGGAUGCUCCAGUGAAAUGCUUCUGGCGCGCGACUGAGAAAAGCUGAAAACUGAGGCUAAGCACUAUACAUCAUAUCUAAUUCAAAAACAAGCAUGGCGUCCAAGUGUCCAAAAUGCGAAAAGACAGUGUAUUUUGCUGAAAAGGUGACAUCUCUGGGGAAGGACUGGCACAAGUUUUGCCUGAAGUGUGAACGCUGCAGCAAAACCCUGACACCAGGAGGCCAUGCUGAGCAUGAUGGGAAACCCUUUUGUCACAAGCCCUGCUAUGCUGCCCUCUUUGGGCCAAAAGGUGUAAACAUUGGGGGUGCAGGCUCUUAUGUGUAUGAGGCACCCGUCAACAAAGACCCAGCCCCGGCUACUGUGGACUCUGCACCCAAACCUGAUGAGAAGUGGGUCCCUGCACCCAGCAGACCUCCUUCUAAAGCUGGAAGCAUCACCACCUUUUCUGGGGAGGCAAACAUGUGCCCCAGGUGUAAUAAGAGGGUCUACUUUGCCGAGAAGGUGACGUCUCUGGGGAAGGACUGGCAUCGGCCAUGUCUGCGCUGUGAGAGGUGCAACAAGACCCUGGCUGCUGGGAGUCAUGCAGAGCAUGAUGGCCAGCCCUACUGCCAUAAACCAUGCUACGCUGUCCUGUUCGGGCCAAAAGGAGUGAACACAGGUGGUGUUGGCAGCUACAUUUAUGACAAGGAGGUCAACACAGAGGCCCAGCCAUGAGCAUGCAUCUUCAAAACGUCCCUGCACUACAGUCACACAUCACCACUACAAACACAGCCACUACAGUACCUCAUACAGGCUCACACACACCUUCCCCAACACAUACACCAACACAUUCCCCAGCCUCCAGCCACACCGACUGAGAGCAUUGCCAACAUGGACAUCUGUGGAAACCUGAUGCCACAUAACGUAACCCAUCCUGACCUUUGACCCUUCACUGAUGGUUGUCUGAUGGCUUCAUCCUUGUUACACAUAGAUGCUGUCAGUCUGAGCAUCCUGUUCUGAUGAUUUGUUAUGGAGUAUGGCAAUAUAUUUAAAAGUUUUAUAAAUAGAUCUUACGUAUGUGAUCCAACCCAUUAUUAUUGUUAUGUUGUACCACGCUCUUCCACAGUAGGGUGCUAGCUACAAUAACGUCAGUCAUACAGCACUGUAGAAUAAUAUCUCUGUGGUGGUUUUCCAGCUGAAUGUAAUGAAAUGUAAAAAAAAAAGUUCUGAAAGUGUUUUAUAUGUAAAGGAUUUGGGAUUUUUUAAUACCUUGCUGACAAGAUUAUUGGUCUCACUUCUCGAACUUCUUUGCCCAGGUGCAGCGCUGCAGUACUUUAUAUCUGCAAUAAAUAAGUCUACUAUAAAUCUACAAAAUAUUCACCAACCCAGAUUUACACUUUGGCUGCCUCUACAGCAUUUCUAACUCAACAAAGAUGUGUACGAAAUCUACAGACAGUAAAAUAAAGGGUCAAAUCUUAUUUUUAUGAGAGAAAUCAAACCUGUCUCCAGGUGGUUGUGCGGUAGAAGGGUGUUGUGUGGCUUUGUGAUGGCUCCCUAAUGAUCAAGUAGCUGAGACUAGUACUUAUAGUAGCUGACCAUUUUUAGCUUAUGUCCAUUAAUGUAUCAAUAAUUUGUUUAAUGUAUUACAUUAAUGUGGUCUGAAUGUUGAAGAAUUACUUGCAUGAAAACACAUUGCCAGUCAGAAUUAGCUGAUAGGAAGCUUUAAGUUAAACUUUAAUGACAAUGCAUUCUUAUGGAAUGUGCUUUAGUACUUAAAGACUGUUAUUGAUUGUGUGAUUUAUUUUAGUUGGUAAAAAUGAGACGAAUGCUUCCACUUAUGUCCUGCUGCUUGUGUUCUUAAUAAAUUUGUAUACAACCUUU